AUGCAAACUGCUAAUCAUCUUUUGCUUAUUAAAGAUUAUGUGAGUCUGUUAGGAGUAACCCUGCGGCGAUACGGGUACCCCAUUGAUGUGUUGCUUGAUGUUUUGAGCAAACACAAGGAUAAGUACCACGAACUCCUUUUGUCUGAUUGUAGGAAGCAGAUUGCGGAGGCGAUUGCGGCUGAUAAAUUUGAGCAAAUGCUGAUGAAAAAAGAGUAUGAGUAUUCCAUGAAUGUGCUUUCUUUCCAGAUACAGACUACUGAUAUCAUACCAGCUUUUCCCUAUGUUGCACCCUUUUCGACCACUGUGCCAGAUUGUUGUCGGAUUGUAAGGUCAUUCAUUGAGGAUUCUGUGAGUUUCAUGUCUUAUGGCGGGCAGCUUGAGUUCUAUGAAGUUGUUAAGAAAUAUUUAAACAGGCUUUCGAUUGAGGUUUUGGAUGAAGCUUUAGUGAAGCUUAUCAAUACCUCGAUUAAUGGUGUCUCCCAGGCAAUGCAAAUGGCAGCGAAUAUGGAUGUCUUGGAGCGUGGUUGUGAUUUUUUCUUCCGCCAUGCUGCACAACUUUUGGGUGUUCCCAUGAGAAUGGUGGAGAGAAGCAGAAGGCAGUUUCCCCUAAGAAAAGCUCGUGAUGCUGUAGAAGAAAAAACUGAAGUUCAAACUCCAUUUGGGGUAAAAGUUGAAGGUGUUACAGUUUUAAUUGCUGAAAAGAAAAAGAUCUCCAUAUCUGGUGAAGAAAAAAAUGCUAUUGGGGAUUUCUUGGAGGAGCAUGUGAUGGAAACUCUUCUCUUCUUAGGUGCUGGUGGACAUGUUGAGACUUCUGGUAUUCUGAACCUUUUACCCUUUGGUGUAGAACAUAUAUCUUCCUCAUUGUGA